AACCGUGAUCCUGUUCAGCUGCGACUCCACGGAGAUUCUGCGCUGGAACUGCUACGAGGACAUCAUCUACACAGAAUACCAAAUGAAACUCAGCGUCGGGACCAACGACUCUGUGACCGCCAAGAGGGACGGACAGGACACUUGGAAAAGAGGACGGAGCUCGGAAAACAUCUGUCAGCAGCCUUAUCGAAGGAUGCACACAAGCGGGGGAAUUCUAACGGGGCACCCUGUGAGUUCCCCUUCCUCUACAAUGGGACCUGGCACCACAGCUGUCUGCCUGGCACCGGAAACAAUACACUGGACUGGUGCUCCACCACAGCUAACUAUGAUCUACAGAAGAAGUGGGGGAAUUGCCUGAAGUAUGUGGAAGGAUGCAUUAAUUUAUGGGAGAAAGCCCCUGUGAAAGGACGCUGCUAUCAGGUGGUCUCCACAGCGGUGGUGACCUGGCACGAGGCGCGGGAUGCCUGUCGCAGUCAAGGCGGAGAUCUGCUCAGCGUGUCCAGCCCUCAAGAGCUUGACUUCUUUAAAAAUCAGAAAGACUUGCCAAGCAAGCUGUGGAUCGGCUUGAACCAUCUGGACUGGAUGCAGGGUUGGCAGUGGUCAGAUGGAUCAGCUUUAUCUUUUGCCCCUUGGGAAACAGGCAUCCCGAUCAGAUCUCUUAUAUCGGACGAGGACUGUGGAGUUCUGAAGGAGCCGCUGCGUUUCGGUGCAGAGACGUGUGAAAAUCGGCUUCCCUUCAUCUGCAUGAAGAAUGACAAAGACAGUGAGAGUACAGCAGUCAGGGAGGUAUAUAAGCCCACGGUGUGUAAAGAUGGUUGGACUGGGUGGAAAGGAUUCUGUUAUAAACUCCACAGUAAAACCGAGUCAAAACUGUCCCAGCAUGAAGCUCUGAGCAUGUGUCAGGAAGAUUACUCUGACCUUGCCAGCAUCCACAGUUUAGAGGAUAUUGAAAUGCUACACACAAAUUUUCACUCAGAUCUGAAGACAGAGGUAUGGAUUGGUCUUGUUGGUAAUGGAAACACCUCAGUUUUUGAAUGGGUCGAUAAAGAACCGGUUUCUUUCACAUACUGGGCCAGAGCUCAACCUCCACCACUUCUACCAAACACCAUCCACUGUGUGUACUAUUCAGGAGAGCAUCAUACAUGGUCUGUGUCUGAUUGUGAAAAGCCGAGGGCUUACAUGUGUAAGUCGAAUGGGAGUUUUGAAUGAGAGCGCCCCAGAGGAAGGCUUGCCCUCCAGACGGGAAUUGGAGGAGACAUGGCAAUGCUUGCUAUAAAGUGGAAACUGAGCCGGUGUUUUAUAAAAACAGCUGCCAUCUCACCAUUAAUAACAGAUUUGAACAGGCCUUCAUUAACAGUCUUCUGAAAGAGCACAUCAGCACUGAGGUGUUGUAUUUCUGGACCGGGCUACAGGACACUAAAGGGUCCAGGGAGUACCACUGGAUCGGUCAGGAUGGGACAGCAGGCGAGGUCACCUACACCAACUGGAAAUGGCUAGAACCAGGUAAUGCACAUCAUGGGA